GCUAUAAGCUGUCGUGGAACUCGGAUAAACAAAACGCAAAACAUUCGCGAGUAAAAAAGUGUAGCAAGAAAUGGUUUCGAGUGAUAGCGAAAGUGACGAUGUAUUUGGCAUACCUGAAAAAAUCGCUGAAGCAGCGAAAAAUGUCGAACAGAACCUGUUAUCGACAAAAUCAAAAAGCCGGUAUGAAACCACGUACCUAACCUUCAUGAACUGGAGAAAAGAGAAAAACAUAAAUUCAUUCUCAGAAAAUGUGCUUCUGGCUUAUAUCAGUAAGCUAUCAAAGAAGACAAAACCGUCGACUCUGUGGAGUCAGUAUUCCAUGCUGAAAAGUACCCUAAUCACUAAACAUAACGUCAAUAUUCAUAGUUAUUCUAAAUUGACCGCUUUUCUCAAGAGAAAAUCUAAUGGUUUUAAGAGCAAAAAAUCAAAAGUUUUUACUUCAAAUGAAAUUCGAAAAUUUUUAAAUGAAGUGCCAGAUGAUCAGUAUCUAGCAACAAAGGUUGCUUUAAUUAUUGGCAUUGCUGGAGCCUGCCGAGGAAACGAACUUACAAAACUUAACGUAGAAAAUAUUGAACAUCAUGGUUCUUUGUUACUCAUAAGAAUUCCAGAUACAAAAACGAAGAUUUCGCGAUUGUACACAAUUGAAGGGAAAUUCGCUGAAAUUGUUAAAAAAUAUGAGACCCUGCGACCACAAUAUGCCACUACAAAUCGAUUCUUUUUGAAUUUUUAAAAAGGAAAAUGCACGACUCAAGUUAUAGGAAAAAACAAAAUCGCUAGAAUGCCAAAAGAAAUUGCAAGUUACUUGAAUUUAUUAGAACCCAAAUUGUAUACCAGUCAUAGCUUCCGAAGGACGUCGGCGACGUUAUUGGCUGAUACUGGUGCAGAAUAUAUUAAAAAGUUGAUAAACAAUAAAAGGAAUAUUGCAAAUAUCAUCACAUCAUCAAUAAAUUUUCAUGAAACUAUUGCAAAACAAAAUCCUGAGUCCGAAGAACCGCCAAUAAAACAAUCGAAACUUGGAAUAAAUGUUAAUGCAUCAACAUCAAAAAGCUCCGACUGCAU